AUACUACUGUUGUAUAUUGUUCCGAAAAGACCGCAAAAUUUUGACAAGCGGGCUUUAUUUGAUCAACACUCGUUCGACGUUAACUAUUGACUAUAACGUUUAUGCAUGCAACGUAAACGUCGUAUUAAAAGCAACGUUUAUACGAAGGCCAGCAAGUUUGAUAUUUUUGGAUAUUGUUAUUUUAUUGGAAUACGGAACUGUCGUUUUGGUUUUACAGAACUUAUUUUAUUUUUUUAAGAAAUGAAGCUUUUCAGAUGGAUAAUCAAACUAGUAUCACUGGCUAUUCUUCAAUCCCUUCUCGUGGAAGGACAAGCCGGGGAGAAUAUACUCACGGAAAAAGAUUUGCGGGAUAUGCUGAAAACAGUACUGGAACAAAACCGUCGCCUGGUACGACAGAACACCCGAAUGCAACAUGUAUGGCAUGGACUGGAGUUGAUGUGCUCUGCCUUCAAUCAGAGGAUGUGUGAAUGUCCGGGAACUUCUCAGAAUCCGACCAUUACAACAAUUCCCACCAUUACAAUUUCCUCCACUACAAUUGCUCCCACUGAGCUUCCUACCACAACGCAAGCACCUACAACUACGAAAGCCCCAGUGUUGUUUGGACCAGGUCCUUUGCGCCUCCUUAACAUCUCAACGUCUUCUUCCGGACAACAACCUGGCAGUGUCAACGUCGCUGUAGGUUACGUAGCGUCACCACUACACACGACCGAGUGGAUUGGUCUCAGGAAAAAUGGCGGAAUGUGGAGAACGUCCGGCAAACGUGUCUACAAUCCAACAAACGAGUACACGUAUUUCUCUAAGGCAGAGAUCGGCGAUAUUGACACGAUGAGGAAUUUAUUCUUCAGACUUUACAAUGACGAAGAAAGCGUUAACGUCCGAUUGAAUAUUUCCGAGAUUCUGAUAAACAGCACGCAGGUUUUGCCCAAACCUCAACGAAAUUAUCUCAAAGUUGAGACGAAAUUUAAAGCACCCAAUGAAACAGACCUGGUAAUUCCUGCAGUUUUGAACCAGAAAGCUGAGCAGCCAGACAGGUUUGAAUUCGCCGAGGUAUUCUUCACUGGUCUCAAUACAUCUUCAAGCCCUCCAGCAAUCUUCGAAAUAAUGCAUUUCAACUCCGAUGGGAUAAACCUAGCCGUUAGUCCCCUUACCGAAACUAGCUCAAAUCUUAACAUUACUCUUCGUUAUCCAUUUGCUCGAUAUGGUGGCAUUCUGACCGUUCGAAUGCCGUACCAGGAAGUCAUUGGGGGUGUCAUUGAGGAAUUCUACUACGGGCCUUUCAUUAAAAUAGUAUCGUCUGGCGAAGACUCAGUUGUGCCACCGAAUACGAUAGGAGUUUUCCCCAUAGCACGACAAACCCUCGUGAUCCCUCCCUCGCAAACAGUGAUCUGCGCCGCGAUGGGAAAUCCUCGUCCAGAGGUUUCUAUCCUCAAGCUAGGAGAAGGAGGAACAUCGGUAGAGAUACCGAGUGAGACUGUCAUUCUUGAUAGCACCAUGAACAUGAUUGUACACACUUUUGAUGCAUCGAACCCGCUCACAACAGAGGGACGAUAUUUUUGCAGAGCUUCAAACAGCUUCCAGACAAUCGACGCCCCGACAGAAGUCAUUGUACUUCAGCCUGCCGUGUUUGAUGAUCGGAUGACAGCUGUAGUGCAAAAUUCGUCGGAUAGAAUCGUGAUCUCUUGUCAGGCGAAAGGAAAGCCAAAACCACAGCUAAAAUUGAAACUGUAUGAUGAGUUUGGGCCUGACUUAGUCGCAACAGGAUUAUACAGGAUCUGGAAGUAUGGACCAGAGCCGGAUACAUCUAGAGUGACAUUGACCUUAUCCCCAUUAGAGGACGCAGCCAUUACCGCGGUAGUUUGUGAAUCAAGUCAAGGUGGAGCAGGAGGAGCAUUCACGAACUCUCGCAAGAUUGAGGUCCAUCCCGGCAAGGCUAAUUUCGAUAUGGGCCUUUACAAUAGACUAAAUGAAGCAGUGCGUCUGUAGUUUGAAUAAUUGGCAUGUAUGUUUAAGUACAAAAACUGCAUUACUGUAUAUUAGAUAAAAUCGAUCGUUAAAUAAGGCCGGUUGAAAGAGUAUUUAUACAAUUUUAGCCAGCCUUUUCAUCGUUAAAUUUGAGCAUAUCAGCUCAUUUAUUAAAAUCACUCUGCUUUAAUUUGUUCUUGCAUAUCGAUGUAGAGUAAAUAUCAUACAAAUAAUUGUUUAUUGUCUUUGAUGAUGCGUUGACCGCAAUUUAAAAAAGUUAAAAAGUACAAAUAUUUCCUCUUGAUUAAUGAACAAGAUGGCAUCCCACUUAGUUAUGUAUGGAUUAGUUAGUUAUUUUAUGACUGUUUAAGUAUAUUUUAAAAUUAACUCUUUUAAGUUUAUGCGUUUAGAAAUAAGUAAGAUAACCGGACACUUUAAGAUGGCAAAUGCGGAUUUAGGGUGACCCCUCACUUAAAUUGCAGUAUUUGAGGUAUGCAGGUAUUGUUGAAAAAGUUUUAAUAUAAUACAGAAUAUUACUAGCCAUUUUGUCUAGAGAAACGACCCCCUUCCCGUCAUCACAUUCAAACCUAUGUUUUCUCGGGUUUGUAGGAGAGCCGGCGAACUAUAUUGCCUAAUAUGAGAAGUAUACAUACGUAUAACAGAAAUAACUCAGUAAACUUAUAAAACGCAGUGCAAUCAGACAAAUGGAUGAGAACGGCAUUAAAUGUCGCUAUGAAACGGAUAGAGGUUGGAUAAAAUAUGUCAGUGGUAUAUAUGAAUACUCGGGCUAAUACAGGUAACUCAGUCGAGCAGCUAUGUUCAUGGUUGUAGUUAAUUGACAUAUGUAAUGCAAACAAAUGUUUAAUAUUUGCGAUAUGUUAAUCAGAAGAAGCAUUAGUCGUCUAUCGAUCAAGUUCAAGACAUAAUAUGAGAUAAUGCAUGAUUAUAUCUUUUGUUUUCAUUAUUCACAGUUAGUACAAACUAAACGAGUGGUUGAUAUGCAUUACAAUGGACAAAGGAAACCUUGACCUUUGACAUACUUACAUGGGUCUAGCACGUGACACCCGGCUACUCUCGGCACACAUCUGUUUCAAGUAGUUCUUAAAUUCCCAUAUACAUUGUCAAGUUACAUGCUGGACCAGCCAAAUAACAAGGAAUUUUGAACAACGACCCUUUAUUUAGAUAUUUUGACAUUUGACUACGGACACGGAUCUUGCACUUAUCAGAACGAAUUCCUCUGGUUAACAUGUAUGCCAAGUAACUUUGAACUUCCCCAAUGCACGGACAGGUUACGACUUGGAUAAAUAAAAAACAAUGCAUUUUAACAAAUAAUCUACCAAAUUAUUUUAAAAUCCAACGAUCAAGAACCGAGUUACGGACCUGCAACGACUUGCUGAUGCUAACAAAUCUCAACCGCCCGUCCCCUCGCAAUCACAUCUACAUAAUUCAAUUUAAUGACCUUAAUUUACAGAAGAAAGUCCUGGCUAGUUAAGCUGAUCUGUGUUCUACCCAAGAAAUAACUAAUAUAUGCUUUCUUGUUAACUAUGAAAUGAGCAUCAUUCUUUUUAACCAAGCCAGUUAUCGGUAAGCACCGGAUACGCACGUUUAAAAAUGAACAGCUAAAUAAAGUGCUUAUUUACUUGACAUAACGCCGACCCUUAGUAUGUCAACUUGCUCGUUUCUUAUUUAACCUUUACCAAACAUGUAAGCAGUGCUUUGGCAUAUCAAUUAAUCGCCAUUAUCUGUCAACAUCAGCCGGAUCGCCAAACUGACCUAUAUUGUUAUUGAACUUAGAUUUUGAAUUAAAUAAUUUCUGCAGAUAUGUAUUUCCCUUUAAUUCAAUAGGAAAAUGUAUCACUCCUUUUACAUGAUUCAUACUCAUAACUGAUAGUUUGGGGCGAUAUAAGCAGGGCGACAACUUUUAAAUUCACCGUAACACAUUGACGUAAAGUUUGACACUCCAACUGAAUAACAUCACUACGCUGUACCCGUCGAAUCUGUUGAAAUUUUUUGUUCAUUAUUUUUAGAAAUAUAAAAGUCAUUAUUUAUAAAACCUUCGAACAAAUAUUUAAAAUGUGUUUGUUUAAUGUUGAUUAGAUUUGAAUAUAACCCAUUUUAACAAACCCCUUGGUACUACAGUCUUCGAAGCUCAAACUACAUAUUAAAAACACUAUGAUUUAAAGAACGCAAUCAGGCGAAAGUUGAUGACAAUGCCGUCAAAAGAGAUAAACGCAAUGUCUGGAUGUGUCAUAGCCGAAGACUGUGAUCGGAAACGCCGAUCCGACCUGCAAUCAACCUCAAUGAAUCAAGUCACAUUUUCAACUUUAACCAGGUUCUACACACAUUUUGGAAAUGCAACAUAUGCAUGAUGUGCAUGUUAUGCUGAAAUUUCUUCAUUUUUCUUGGUAGGGCACGUUUACACUCUAGGAAGCUUAAGGGAAUUUGGUCGCGUACUUACGUCGGUAAUAGCAUGAACACACGUAACAAUUCAGUUACCAAAUAUGUCGUAUCCGAACAAACUAUUUUGUAAACAUUCAAUUUUGACCGGUUCCAAACUAAGCUACGACAGAAAGCUUCUUUAGAUUUUUUUCGAAUGACUGGAAGAUAUGUGGUUUCCGAACAAAAUGCUGGUAAUUCUGUUUUGUGAACAAUGUAUUUGUACCGGUUCCACUCUGUACUGAGCUAAUAUUGAGCUAUGGUGCUUGAAAACUGCAUUUUCUGAUUGUGGGUCACCAUUGUAUGAAGGUAAAAUUAGAUUCAACCUUGUAGUUUGCAUGUUACGCUCCCGAUAAGAAAAAAUAGAUAAGGGCAAUAACUCUGUUACUACUACGUGUAUUGAUCUUGUUAACUGUACUUCUGU